AUGGCGCCUCACGCCGAAGAGCCAAAGCCAGAUAGCGGUGUUGAUCUAAUCUCGUACGACGGUACCGUAUAUGGCGAUUGGCGCGACGAUUUCCACAAGAACGGCACAGCAAUCAUUAAAGGCGCCAUCUCACCCGAGCGCGCAGAGUACUACAAGCAAAAGCAGAUUGAGUGGCUUCAAUCCUUCGGUCGUGGCUUCGAUCCCAACGAUGAGUCAACAUGGACACAAGAGCACCUUCCUGUGAGCUUCAAGGGCGGGAUGUACUUUGCCUACUCUAGCACACACGAGAAAUUCGUUUGGGAAGCUCGCACCGAGCCCAAGGUCAUCGAAACCUUCUCCAAACUUUGGGGCACCGAGGAGCUCCUCUGCUCAUUCGACGGCAUGAACAUCACACUGCCGCGCCAGAAAGAUCUCAAGUGGAGCCCCUGGCCGCACUGCGAUCAGUCGCCUCACCGCAAGGGCAUGCAGUGUGUCCAAGGCCUGUUGAACUACCAACCCAACGGCUCUGAUGAUGGUGGUCUGAUCUUGAUGAAGGGUAGCAGCAAGCUGUAUGAUGAGUUCUUCCGCGAGAAGAGGGAACAGGACAACCAUGAGGAUAAGCCCCCGGAGGAGGAGGACUUCAAGGAUCUUUUCAUCUUCAAGGACGAGGAUGUCCAGUGGUUCAAAGACCGCGGAUGCACACUCGAGAAGGUGAACCUUGAAGCUGGUGAUCUGGUACUGUGGGAUUCUCGCACCAUGCACUACGCCUGCUUUCCUCAAGGCAACCGCAUCCGUCAUGUCCAGUAUGUCUGCAUGACGCCCGCCAAGUUCGCGAAGAAAGAGGAUCUCGAACUCAAAGCCGAGCUCUUCAAGACGUGGCAGGGUACGACACACUGGCCGCACUGCAAUAUCCGCAAACAGGGCCCGCCAGAGAGAGAUGGCAAGCCUGAUCCGCAGAAUAGAACGGAACCACUAGAGAAGCCGAUUGUUACGGAUAGGAUUCUGCAACUAGCUGCGGUAAAGGCUUACUAA